CGACUUUCAAUGAUUGAUGGUGAGUUGAAGCGAGUGUGAGAAACUAUUGCUUUCAAUCUCAAUUGACACCAGGCCGGUGGAAGAAUUGUAAUGAGAGAAGUGUCUGACUGUCGUGGUAAACGCAUGUUAUUCCAGAUUACUGCAUCGAAGUGUGCAAUCUUGAUGGCGGUAUCUGUUGUUGAUUAUUUGUUAGCACCAUGUUGACACCUGAUAUUCGUCCAUGAGAACUGCCGACCAGCUAGUUAUUGAAUGAUCGCAGCGAACCGAGGAAAGCAUCCUAGCAAUGCCUGACGUUCGCCGUAAAUAUGAGUCCUUCCCUGGGGACAACACCUUCUACUGCAGUGGACGGCUGAUGAUGGCAAAGAGAAUUGGCGUUUUUCUUGCGAAUGUGGCUCUACUUACAGUAACAUCGAUUCUCUUCUUUGCAUUUGAUGCGGUAUAUCUUGCUCAGAACGUGUCGUUCGCGUUUCCCUUAGUGGCUGGAGUACUGUGUUUGCUAACUUAUGCAUCGCUCUUCCGCACGGCAACAAUAGAUCCAGGCGUCUUGCCGCGUGCCACACAUGCUGAGAAGGAUGCCAACGACAAUGAAAAUAAUGCCCGUAUUGCCAGGGGCGAGCACAACAACUCUUACCAGCAGUCCAGCAUUCGCGUUUUGGAGGUCAAGGGGCAGAAAAUGUCCGUCCGCUUUUGCACCACCUGCCACAUCUACAGACCACCACGCGCAUCACACUGUGGAAUAUGCAACAGUUGUAUAGAGAACUUUGAUCACCACUGUCCUUGGGUUGGAAACUGUGUUGGCAAGCGCAACUACCGCUACUUCUACCUGUUUCUAUUCUUCUUGUCCACCUAUGGCCUCUUUGUUCUUGGAUCCGUUGUUUACCGCCUUUAUCUGCUGUCCAAAGACGAAGGUAAUACCUUUCCGGAGUAUUUGGGAAAGGUGCCUUGCAGUCUCAUCGUCUGCUGCAUCUGUGCCUUUGCUGCCAUUUCUGUCAUUGGCUUGUGCGGCUUCCAUUCCAAGCUGAUUGGAUUGGCAACGACUACAAAUGAAGACAUCAAAGGCUUGUACAGCAAAAGAAAGCUACACUCGAUCGAGAAUCCCUUCACUCGCGGCAACUUCAUCUCGAAUUUCCUGCAGACCCUCUGUGCCCCCAUGCCACCAAGUUUGAUGAAUCGCCGUGGUGUCGAUAGCGUCGAUGACGGCGAAAGUACCGCAACUAUAGAGUUAGUAUAGGACACGUUCCAGCAGUCAAGGUGUCUCAUCAGAGUCUGCACUGCACAUUGUACAUAUCGAUUGUAGCACCAUGCAUUCCCCUCUGGCUGUCUUCUACCCGUCUGCCGACGCUAUCACCAGCACCAUCACCAUCACCACACUACUUUUUGUAGCUACAUGUAAGCCUCAUGUAAUCAGUGCCACUACAGAACGACAUACUUGAACAUAUUGAGAGUGAAACUAUGAGAGAGAAAUAGAGCUCCUGACAAAUAUUCAUCAUCUUCUUCUUCUUCUUGAAGUACUGCAUGUACAGUCCAUGCAAAAACUAUCUUCGCGCUGGUAGCUUAGUAACCCGGUUGAUCCGCUCCAUGAAACCAUGAAACUAAACCCAUGCUCAUAUAUAUUUUAAGUAACCUGUAGCUGCUACUGUACUUCUCCUGCUGUUGCCGCGCUCUAAGUGUUUUAUGCGCACCCCCACCAUAUUCAAGUCUGUUGCUGUGUUUUCAUUUUCCUUUCGUUUCCACAUACGGCCAAGCUCUCCUCGGUUUUUCUACGUUUCGCUAUGGCUGUGUUCUUGUCUGCAUUUCGAAAUCCUCUGCUUUCUUAGUGCUUUUGGUGGUCUCGAUGGGGAUCUAUCUAUGUUCUGCUGUGGCCGCUUUUCUGUUCGCUCCUCAUAUUAGCUCUAUUCCCAACAAACAUGUUACUGUGUUUGGCUCAGCACUAUCCGUUCGAAAAUAUAACGUUCAUGAACUUAUUCUUUCUCCAUACAACUAUGUUUUAAUUACUAGUAGUGAUGUUUGUGUAGGGUCCUCAUGUCUUUCUGGUAUACUGAGCAAACCUUAUGAUAAGGUAACCAACAACGGUUGCCUUCUACCUUGA